AGCAACCUUUCGAUUUCAACCCCGGUGCACUCUACGAUCCAAGCACCUUUCCAAUUGAUUCUGAUACCUCGAAGCUGUUCCGAAACAUCUAUUGUCGCAUCUCUCGUUCUCGCCUCUGUCUGAUCCGCUUCAUCUCGACAAUGGCCGACGCAAGCUACCCCAAGGUCAUCAACCUCCAGAUGGGCUGGCCAACCGAAUCACUCCUCCCAUCCACUUCCCUCGCCAAAGCCGCCUCCGAAGUCCUUCUCCAAUCAAGCCCAUUCUCAAAGUUACCUGAUCUAAACAGUGGCCGGACACCCGCGGCACAUCCAUUACAGUACGGGAGUGAUCUUGGACCGAGGAGUACGAGGAAGGUGUUAGCCGAGUGGACGACUGAGAAAUAUGCGUUGAGAGGGGAGGAGGCCGUUAAACCUGAGAAUAUCGUUAUGACACCCGGCGCUUCAUAUGGACUCAUGAAUGUACUUCAAUUAUGUACGUCGCCACAUAACGGAUAUACCCGCCGAGCAUUUUGUACGUCGCCUACGUACUUCCUCGCUGCUGGUAUUCUCCAAGACGCCGGGUUCGCCGGGCGAAUGAGUGCGGUGAAUGAGGAUGCGGAGGGCAUCGAUAUCGAUGCCCUAAGGGAAGCACUCGAGAGGGAAGAAAAAGUGAGACGGAGAGAAGGCGAUGGUGAUAAGAGCACGAUUGAGGCGGCACCGAGGAAGAAGAAGGUGUUCAGGUAUGUUGUGUACUGUGUGACUACAUACGCGAAUCCCAGUGGACAAAUCAUGUCUGAACGACGACGGAAUCAGCUUGUUGAGUUGGCUCGGAAGUACGAUGCUCUUGUUAUUUCUGAUGAUGUGUACGACUUCCUUCAUUACACACCUCUUCCCGGUGGUAAAAUACCAGCACGCCUUGUGACGCGCGACGUCACCACAAUGCCCUCAGAGUACGGAAACACCAUCUCGAACUGUUCCUUCGCCAAGCUCCUCGCACCUGGAUUCCGCGUUGGAUGGAUCGAGACAGCGAGUCCCCUCCUCGCCCUACAACUCGCUGAAGGUGGCGCAAACCACAGCGGCGGGUGUCCAUCCCAACUCAACUCAAGUAUCGUUGGACACUUUACCCAAUCUGGCGCCCUCGACGAAAACAUCGUCAAACUCCGCGAGACCUACGGCCAACGCUCCAAAACCUACCGUUCCGCCCUCUCCGGAUACCUGCCCUCCGGCACUACAAUCCAGGGUGGCGAAGGAGGAUACUUCCUCUGGGUCGGACUCCCGGACGGGUAUGAUGCGCGAGAAGUCGUUAAGCGUGCGAAGGAGGAGUUCGGCGUUCAGGUUGCGAGCGGGGAUGCGUUUGAGGUGCCAGGGGAUGAGAGGGGGUGGGGUGCAAAGUAUGUCAGGCUGAGUUUGAGUUGGUGUGGGGAUGAGGAGGGGAGAGAGGGAAUUAGGAGAUUGGGUGAGGCGUGUAAGGCUGUGAGGGAGGGGUGGGCGGUGAAGGGAAAGGUGAAUGGGGUAGGUGGGGCGUGGCAAGAUGGGACGGAGUAAGGAGUUCGGGAG